CGUUUGUUCCAGUGCCGUUCCCGGCCGAGGCCGUGCGGGACAGGCAGGGACCGAGCUCCGCUCCCCUGCGGGCAGCAGCGGCCCCAGCCCGGCUCCAGCCCAGCGCUGCCAGCCCGGCUCUGCCCGGGCGGGACCCGGAGCUUUCCCCCGGCUUCGAACUUUGCAGGCUCCCCCUCCUUUUCCUUCCCAACAGGAUUUCUGCUCCAAACGCCCCGGGUUUCCUGUUCCCAGCUGGGCAAGGGGAGGGACUGCCGGCCCUGGGGCCUCACAAGCCGAGCUCUGCAGGAGGAGGAGGAGGAGGAAGAGGAUGGGUCCGUCCCCCCAGCGCUUGCCAGGCUCCAUGUCCCGCUCAGCACAGACACCAUCAUCCUCAUCCUCACCGCACGGGAAUGAGAGAGCAGAUUCUGGGCUGCCAAGUCAGGAAGGGGGGAUUUAAUCUCUGGGGCAGAUGAAGAGGCUCUGAAGAGAUUGAAGAGGCUCUGAAGAGAUUGAAGAGGCUCUGAAAAGAUUGAAGAGAUUCCUCUUUGCUGUCGACUGUUCCGGGGAGGGUUUUCCAGCAUGCAAGGCGCAGGAGAGGGGAAGGAGGAUGAAGAGCUGGAGGCUCCGGAGGCUCCAUCAGCCGGGAAGAGCCGAGGCACGGGAGCAGCAGGCGCAGGGUGGGCGUGGGGAGUGGUGUUUCACUUCUUCCUGGUCAAUGUGCUCGUGAUGGGGACUCUCAAGACCUUCGGGAUUUUCUUCGUGGCUUUCCGAGAGGAGAUGGGGGGAUCUUCAGAGCAGCUCAGCUGGAUCGGCUCCAUCAUGUCCUCCCUGCGCUUCCUGGGAGCCCCGCUGGUGGCCGUGCUGUGCCAGCGCCUGGGAGAGCGGCCGACCUCCGUGCUCGGGGCUGGGCUGGUGGCUGGGGGCUGCCUGCUCAGCACUCAGGCCACCAGUGUCCCCUUCCUCUGCUUCUCCAUGGGCUUCCUGCUGGGGAUGGGCUUUGCCUGCCUGUACCAGGCAGCUGCAGUGAUGACGGCCAAGCGCUGCCGGGCUCGCCUGGCCUUCUGCAACGCCCUGGCCCGCUCGGGCAUGGGGCUGACCUUCCUCAUGGCCCCCUUCACCCAGCUGCUCAUCGAGGCCUAUGGCUGGCAAGGUACUCUGCUGGUGUUUGGAGGCAUCAUGCUGAACCUGGUGCCUUCCAGCAUGCUGCUGUGGCCUGUCAGCCCCCAGCUGCCUCGGGAAUCCGCCAGAAAUCAACACUGGGGGUCUUCAGGGGCAGAGAAGGAUCCAGAAGCUCCUGGUGGGUGUUCAGAUGGAAGCACUCAGAGGGAAUCACAGCUUCUCCAGGCACAGGAGGCUCCCAGCUCAGUGUCACUCGUGGUGCCCCAUGGCAGAGAUGUCUCUGAGCCAGCCAGUCCUGCCUGGGGAAGGCUGCAGAAACCCAGCCCGGAGAGCUGCUCCUCAGAACCCCCCACCAGGGCCAGGAGAGGCCCCCAGCCCCCUGCAGCCACCAAAGAGGAACCUCCUCAGCCUCUGCUGGACUUCUCCCCGCUAAAGGAUCCCGUUUUCUUCAUCUUCACCUGGUCUUUCCUCUUCAGCCACCUGGCCUAUUUCGUGCCCUUCUUCCACCUGGUGGCCAGAGCCAGGACGCUGGGCAUGAGCAGCAGGGAUGGCUCCUACCUCAUCGCCGUGGCUGGCGUCACGGAGAUGCUGAGCCAGCUGCUCUCGGGCUGGCUGGCCGACCAGGGCUGGACCAAGAGGUACCACCUCCAUGUCACCUACCUGCUGCUGAGCGGGGCCACCCACCUGCUGGGGCCGCUGGCCACCUCCUUCGCCCUGCUGCUGGCCUACACCGCGGCCGCUGCCGUCUGCUGCGGAGGCUUCAUGGCGCUGCUGCUGCCCGUGCUGGUGGAUCUGGUGGGCGUGGAGAAGCUCCACAGCUACCUGGGGUUUGCUGCUUUCUUUGCAGGGAUAGGAGCCAUGGGAGGACCCCCUCUAGCAGGGUGGCUCUAUGACUACACCCAGACCUACGCCUGCUCCUUCCUCUUUGCUGGAGCCUGUGCUCUCAUCUCACCCAUCUCCUUCUUCUUCGAGCCUGCAGCCCAAAAAUGGAAGCUAAGAAAAGCCAAUUUGGACAAGAGCUGAAGUUUUAAAGGCUGGGCUUUGAUCACACCUACGUGGGACAGCCAUUGCCUGCACUGGGAAGGAUCAACAGCAGCAACACUGAAAAUUGGAAUUUCUGGAUGUCAGUUUGGAUAGCUGGAUAUUUGUGCUGAUUAAAGCCAGCUGAGAAAUGCA